ACUCUUCCUUCACACACAAAAAACAAAUGCCCCUAUUGCGGUUUUCAACCCAACUGCAUUUCAGUCGAAGUUUAAAAAUUCAGUAUUGCCAACUUCAACUCAACCCGUCAAAAAAAAUUGCGGUUGAAGUAUGAUCGAACUUCAACUUUUUUUGGUAUUGCGGUUUUCAACACUGUACAAGUGGGGUUGACUAGUAUAUAAAUUAAUUUCAACUGCUUAAUAGCAGUUGAAGUUCAACAUUCGAGCAGUGAAAAACAAAAAAAUAUUAAAGAAAAAUGGAGAACGGAAAAAAUAAAGUUACAACAAAAAAGCAAUUUGAAAAAUUGGUGGAGUUAAUGGAGAAGUUUCCAGAAGUAGGAAGAGGAAAGCCACAAUUUGGAAACAGUAAAUUGAAAAUUAAAGAAUUGUGGGAGAGUGUGGCACUGCAGUUAAAUUGUUUAGGGCCACCAAGCAGAACUGCCUACGAAUGGGGACGAGUGUGGAUUCACUAUAAGGCAAGUCUGAAGAAAAAACUUGCCAACAACAGGAAUAACUACCUUGCGACUGGUGGUGGACCGUCGCAAGAGCAGUCGCUGAGCCCAAUGGAGGAGAGCGUGGCCCAGCUUAUUCAAUUAAGGGAAGCAGUUGCACCAAGUGGGUCAGCAUUUGGUGUGGAGAAUAUACCUCCUACUGUCGCCGAUGUACCCCUUGAACGCUCGCCAUUGUCCACUCCAGUUGUGCAGGAAUGCCCGACUCCUUCCAGGACAGUUCAGUUAAGGAGGGCGAACAAUUGCAUGGAGUCAGAAAGGCUGCAACUCCUUUCAACGCAGGCUGAAACGCAACAGCAAAUUUUAAAAAAAAUUGGACAGUUGGAGAAAACUGUGCAUAAAUCGUAUACUCUCCAAAAAGAAGCUUUGGAUUUAAAAAAAAGGAAAAUGGAGAUAUACGAAAGAAAAGCAAACGAGGCGCAUGAACUCCAUGCACUUAAAACUGAGGUGCAGCGCCUCAAAAUUGCUAAAUUAAAAUCUUCGCAAAGAUUUUAAUUUUUUGGUUAUUUAACACAAGUAAUAUUUUUUUUAUUUUAUUUUUAAUUAUUCUGGAAUGAAGUGAUAUUUUAUAUUUUUGUACCAUAGUUUAAGUUUACAUUAAAAAAUGAAGUGACAUUGUUAUUUAAUGAAUUUA